AUGACGCCUCCAAAUAUUCUCAUCUACCUGUUACGGAGGGACCUCCGGCUGGAAGAUAACCCAAUCUUCCAUGCUGCGGCUACUGACGCCGCUAAAACAUAUACGCACCUCCUUCCCGUCUAUGCUUUCCCGGCUCAGCAAAUAGAAGUUUCUGGUUUCAUCCCCGAAGACUCCGAGGAGAAGAGUCCGUAUCCCGAGGCACGAUCCAGCAUUGGCAAAUUCUGGAGAUGCGGGCCACACCGGGCUAAAUUCAUCGCGGAGAGUGUUUGGGAGUUAAAGGAGACCCUGGGAAACGUGGGCAGCGGACUAGAGGUAAGAGUUGGCAUGUUAAGUGAUGUUCUGAAGGAUCUCCUAGCAGGCUUCAAGUUUAAUGGGAAAGGGGUGAAUAUCGCUGCUGUGUGGAUGACUGCCGAAGAAGGCGUCGAGGAGAAACUUGACGAGAAAGACUGCAAAACAAUUUGUGACGCGGCAGGUGUCGACUUCAAGUUGUGGAAGGAUGAGAAGUACUUUGUAGAUGACGAUGACGUUCCGUUGAAGGACAUCAGUGAGCUUCCAGAUGUUUUCACCACCUACCGAAAGCUUGUUGAACCACUCCUCAAUGCGCCUCGGGCUCUCCUACCCACGCCGGCCAAAGGCACACUACCACCGUUACCUCCUAUGUCAAUAAUUCCGCCCCAAUCUCCACCAUUCGUUAUACCAAACUCUUACGAAGAUCUUGAAUCAUCUCUCCUCUCACCCGUAUCCCAAUCGCCUCUCCCCACAUUCCCACUGCGCCCAAGCUCCAUGCCACCAUCCCCCACCCUCCACGGUGGAUCCCAGGCCGCCCAAUCCCGACUCCUCCACCUCCUCGAAUCCGGCGCCAUCACCACCUACAAAGACACGCGAAACGACCUUAUGGGCGCAGACUACAGCGUACGCCUCUCUUCAUAUCUCUCUCAAGGCUGCAUCACAGCACGUCAAAUACACAACUCUCUCGUCUCAUUCGAAUCUGGCGACUCCAAUCUCCCCUCCUGCGCCUCCACCCCCGGCUUCGGCAAGGGCGAGACUGACGGCACGUCAGCAGUCCGAUACGAACUCCUCUGGCGCGACUACAUGCGCCUCUGCACGCGAAAGUACGAUGCACUCCUCUUCUCCAUCGGUGGCUUCCGCCGCGACUUCUCCCAGCCAUGGACCACACCCUCGACUGAUCCCGCCAGCUCAGCAGCGCUCGCGCGCUUCCUCAACGGAACAACCGGUACAGGACUCAUCGACGCGAGCCAGCGCGAGCUAGCGCACACGGGAUACACAUCUAGCCGCGCGCGGCAGAAUGUCGCCAACUUCCUCGCGAAGCACCUCGAGCUCGACUGGCGCCUGGGCGCGGAGUGGUACGAGUACGCGCUCGAGGACUACGACGUCAGCAGCUGCUGGGGGAACUGGCAGUAUGUGGCUGGUGUGGGCAACGAUCCACGGGGCGACGGCCGCAGCUUCAACCCCAUUAAGCAGUCGUGGGACUAUGACCCGAAGGGGGAGUACUGUCGCGCUUGGAUCGUGGAGUUGGGUGGGGUGGGAGAGGAUAAUGGCGGGUUGGAGCUUAGUCCAGGCGAGUGCUUUCAGGCGUGGACGAUGGCUAAGGAGAGGCAGGUGUGUUUGGGGAUUCAGGGGCUAGAGUGGGUGAGGACGCCGCUGAAACCGAUUGAGUUCACGGUUGAGCGGAAGCAGAAGGGGGCGAGACGAGCGGAUGCAGUAGAUGGGCAGGGUUAUCGAGGUGGGCGGGGUGCUGGGAGAGGGGCUCCGAUGGCCCAGCAUAGAGGACGUGGCGGUGGGUACCCUGGUGGUGGAGCGUACAGUGCUGGUGGAGCACCAUAUGGCGGUGGUGGACCGUAUGGCGGUGGUCCAGUGUACGGUGGUGGCGGCGGGUAUGGCGGUGGCGGUCCAUAUGGGGGUGGCUACAUUACUUAUAAUACCCGCGGUGACUGGAAUCCCCGCGGCAAUGAGCCUCCGAGAGGCCCCUCUCUUCGCGGAAGGGGAGGCAAUGGAGGCCGAUGGGGGCGCGGCGGAUACGGACCCCGUAUUAGAGGGCCAGCUGAGGGUCAUCCUAACGGAGCUGUUGCUGAUGCGGGAGUAGAUGGUCAGUCUACCACGGCUUGA